CGUAUUUUCGGAGCGAGCGGCCGCCGGCCCGUGGCUAGGCGCCCCUGAGCCGGGAUGCCUCUCCCCGCGGCGCUGCUGCCGGCGCUGCUGCUGGGGCUGCUGUGGCCGGGGGCGGUGCGCGGCCGCCCCCCCCCUGGUCGCCUCCCCGCCGGGCCCCGCCAGCGCCGCUGGGACGCGGCUCUCUUCGCCCGCUCCGUCGCUCGCCUCCCGGCCGAGCGCCGCGACGCCGCCCGCGACGGCGACUACCUCCUGGGCAUCAAGCGGCUGCGGCGCCUCUACUGCAACGUGGGCAUCGGUUUCCACAUCCAGGUCCUGCCCGACGGCCGCAUCGACGGGAUCCACAGCGAGAAUCGAUACAGUCUGCUGGAAAUCUCCCCCGUGGAAAGAGGAGUGGUGAGCAUAUUUGGUGUUAGAAGUGGACUCUUCGUGGCCAUGAAUAGCAAAGGCAAACUCUAUGGAUCUACCCAUUUCAAUGACGAGUGCAAAUUCAAAGAGAUUCUCCUGCCAAACAACUACAAUGCUUACGAAUCCAGGAUUUAUCCCGGGAUGUACAUAGCCCUGAGCAAAAAUGGAAGAACAAAGAAAGGCAAUAAAGUAUCUCCCACAAUGACAGUGACACAUUUUCUUCCUAGAAUCUGAGACAUCUCCCUUCAGACCUACCUCAGC